AUGGCAAAAGAGAUAUCAGAGUUUAUCAUUGACAAUAGUAAUAAUGUAGAGUUGAUAAAAUCGAUAACAUGUGAAAAGUUGGAAUAUCCAGAGAAAGAUUCUUACUUUUUAAGAGAUGUAUUGUCAAAAGAAGAAUGUCAAUUAGUACUAAAUACUCUGUAUAUAGCACCAGAUGCUAAGAGUGAUACAUUCAAUAAUAAAGAUCAUGGUUUAAGAUUACGUAGAUUCUCAGAUCAGCUAUCUUUGAAGUUAAAAGAAAGAAUCGAAAGAUUCCUACCAACAACAUUGACUAGACCACCUGUUGUUCAACUAUCGAACGAUACCAACAACAACACACCUAAAACAAUCGAUUGGAAAUUCGAUAGAAUAUCAGAAGAGUUUAAAUUUAUUAAAUAUGAGAAAGGACAAAGAUUUCCAGCACAUACAGAUGGAGAGUAUAGAAUUUCAAAUACAGAACUAUCGUUCCUCUCGGUUAUUUUCUUUUUGAAUGACGGUGGUGCUGUUGAUUUCCGAGGUGGUGAUUUUCGAUUCCUAAGAAAAGAUGCCAUUGAGAAGUAUACACCGAUGAAGACUAUUACACCCAAGGCAGGUUCUGUUUUGAUCUUCCCACAUUAUACAUGGCAUGAUUCGACCACCAUUGAAGAUGGUAUCAAAUAUGUUAUAAGAUCGAAUCUUAUGUUUAAACAUCAAUAA